AUGAGAAAUCAUGUACUAGCUGCAUCCAUUUCUAUGCUCUCCCUGCUGGCCGUAAUGGGAGAUACAGACAGCAAAACAGACAGCUCCUUCCUGAUGGACUCUCAACGCUGCAUGAGACACCAUUAUGUCGAUUCUAUCAGUCAUCCAUUGUACAAGUGUAGCUCAAAGAUGGUGCUCCUGGCCAGAUGUGAGGGGCACUGCAGCCAAGCAUCACGCUCUGAGCCGUUGGUGUCCUUCAGCACUGUCCUCAAGCAACCUUUCCGUUCCUCCUGUCACUGCUGUCGUCCUCAGACCUCCAAGCUGAAGGCUUUGCGUCUGCGCUGCUCAGGGGGCAUGCGACUCACCGCCACUUACCGGUACAUCCUCUCCUGUCACUGUGAGGAAUGCAGCUCCUGA